AUGGAAGGAGUCUUAAAGGUGGCAGACUUCGGAUUGGCGCGAGAGUAUGGAUUGCCUCCCCGGCAAUACACGCCGGGUAUCGUUACCUUGUGGUACCGUGCGCCCGAAUUGCUGCUGAUUUCAGACGAAUAUUGUACUCCAAUCGAUAUGUGGAGUAUUGGCUGCAUAUUCGCAGAAUUGGUUACUUUGCGACCACUGUUUCCCGGACGAUCUGACGUCGAUCAGAUUAACAAAAUCUUCGAGGGUUUGGGAACACCAACAGACACGACUUGGCCCGGUUACAGUGAGUUACCUGUAGGUAAUGUUAUGUUUCAAAAGCAUCCAACAGGCAGAUUGCGAGAAAUGAUACGUAACAAUCUACUUUCUGACGAUGGGCUAUCUCUACUGGAAGAGUUUUUGUUGUAUGAUCCAGUGAAUAGAAUGACAGCAGCCGCCGCUUUGGAUCAUGCAUACUUCAAAGAACAGCCAGUGGCGAUCGAACCGGACAUGAUGCCGACGUGGCCCGCCAAGUCGGAGGACACCCCGCAGCUGCAGCUCAGUCCCUGA